AUGGCGCCCAAGAAGAACGCCAACAAGGCCGCUGCCGCCGCCGCCGAGCCCGCCCCGGCUCCCCCCUCGGCGCCCGCUGGACCGACCGCCGCCGCCGCGAUCCCGGGCACCAUGACCUCCCAGCCCAAGGCUGUCCCCAACACCAAGAUCUCGAGCGGUGCGCAGAACUGGGACAAGGUCCUCGGCAACAUCUACAACCACUACGUCAACAACACCCCGCAGCGCACCAAGCUCAUCGACGUCUUCAUGGUCUUCCUCGUCGCCGUUGGCGCCCUGCAGUUCCUGUACUGCGUCCUCGCUGGCAACUACCCUUUUAACGCCUUCCUCUCCGGCUUCUCUGCCACCGUUGGACAAUUCGUCCUCACUGCUUCCCUUCGUAUCCAGACCACCGAGGCCAACAAGGCCGACUUCCCCUCUGUAUCACCCGAGAGAGCGUUCGCCGACUACGUCGCAUGCAGCUUGAUCCUCCACUUCUUCUGCGUCAACUUCAUAAACUAA